AUGGGAAUUCAAUGUUCUAAACGUAAAAUAAAUAACUAAAAAAAUGAAAAGGUUUAAGCCAAACCUAUACAAAUUAGUUAAAGCACUUCAAAGGAGGCAUUAGCAUUUUGUGAUUCUUAAGAUUUAGCUAAUUUAAUGAGAACUAAACCAAUCAAAUCAUAUUUAUAAGAAGUAAUUUAGAAGUAAUAAAUCUAUUUGGAUUCUUGUGAAUAAUUAACAUAAAUAAUAGAAAGGAAAUCUGAAAUUUUAUUAAGAUGUUACAAUGAUUUUACUGAAAAAGCAUUAAAAAUUAAACUCAUGGUCCUAAAAUAUUAUAACGAGAAUUUUUUAGUAUACUAGAAAUAAGAACCUGAUUGCAUUUAACAAAAGAAUUUAGUAGCAAAUGAAACUAUGCAAGUAUGAUAUCUGAUUUGCAUGAUAAGAUUCUCCUUGAGACUAUUAUUAUCCUAAAUUGUUUGAUGGAUAAAAAUUUUGAUGAAGAAUAAGAAUUAUGGUGGGGAAAAGAUUAUUUUUCAGAUAGAAUUCAUAUUCUUGGAGGUAUUACAGAAGAUAAAAUUUAAAAUGACCAAAUUGUUUAACCUAUUGUUCAAUAUUUAUAAGCUUUAAUAAAUAAAGUUACAUAAUCUUUACCAAUUAAUCAAUAAUAAUAAAAACCUUUUCAUCAAAAUCAAUCUGUUGUUAAUAGUACAGCAAUUGCUUAAGUACAUUUAACUAAAUUUUAUAAUGAUCUUAAAUUAGAAUUUGCAAAAGAUGCUGGUGAAGAAUAGAUUGUUUCUUGA